AAUAAACAAAUAAAAUCUACUAUUAUUUGUGUAUGUUAUCUGGCGGUGCUAAAAAUAUUGCAGUGCUAGACAUUCCCAAGCCUCUAUUUGGAAAAACCCAAAAUAUACUGCUUACCUAAGAAGUAAUAUAUGUAAAACCUACAUCAGAGUUUCUGACUCCUUUAGGGAUUUCUAUAUUUUAUUUUGGAACAUCAUAAAAUGGUUGUGCAUUUCUGGCUGACUUUGCAGGCAACAUGUUGCACAGGCUGGCAGCGCAGCAUGCUGCCGGCGGAGUUGCGCAGUCGCAGCGACGUCGGCGCAGGUCAGACAGCGCACUCUCUCAAGAGAGCUUGCACCGCCGCACCGCUCUCACUGUUCCGUAACAUUGCUGUUAGCCGGGCUAACAUCUCUGUUAUUGCGCAGUCGCAGUCUGCGUCGACGUCGGCGUCGCUGCGCGCGCGGCACGAUCCGAAAUCGUAUCGUUUCGUUUUGUUUCGUGUCUCGCUUUCCUCUCAAAUUCGUUUUCGCCGCUUUGCCGAUCGGACGUGCCCGUUCCUGCUCCGGACAACAGAGAUCAUAGUACGCUACAGCCAAAAGUAGGAUAAAAAGCCGCCGAGAACGCCGAACUUAACGCAAACGCUAAUGCUAAUGCAAGCGCAAACGUUAACGUAAACGCAUACGCCAAUUGCCAAUUGCCAAACAGUCGCGUUGUCGUUGUCAUUACGAGAUCCGAGAUCGACUCUAUUUUCCAGAGCAUACAACACUAUAUACACCAGAGCACAGCACAGGCCGUUUAAUUAUAAUAGUGCUAUUGCUAUAACUAAAAUCAAACAAAGUAAAGUAAAGAAAAGAAAACAAGUCUCGAAACUGAAAACGAAAAUAAGGCAAAUUUAUGCAGCCACUACGCUAGAAGUAAAGCUAAAGCUACAGCUAAAUAAUAAAAAAAAAACAAAACAAAACAAAACAAUAACAGCGAAUAAAACAAAAAACAGCAAAUAGAAUAAAUCCAAUAAAUCGGCGCGCGAAACUCGCGUGUGUUAUCUAAUCUGCAAGAGAAGUACAAGAAUCGAAAUCGGAAUCGGAAUCGGUUCUAUACUAUAUCAUUGUCUAUAUCUAUAUCCAUUAAGUGUGUGUGUGCGUUGCGACCUUUGUUUUAUAUAUUUUUUGUUGUUGUUCAUACACUGUGAAACGUGCUUUCCAAGCCGGGCAUAAAAAAAUACAUACCCAAAGUUAAAAGAUACACACAUAACAAAUAUGGCCAACAAGCAGAGGAAAUCAAGUGGCUGUGGUGGCAUCGAGUGGGCCACGGCCACCGGCACAGUACAGCUCCUGGAAAGGAGAAGCAUCAGCAAUCCGACGAUCCCCGCCGAAGCCCAGAUCCCAGCCCCCAUCCCAGCCAGCCACAACUGCAGCAGAGUCCAAGAACGGGAGCGGGAACCAGCACAAUCGCUGCUCCCGAUCCGCCACCUGCGCCACCUGCUCAUCGCCGGACUGCUGCUGGUGUGUCUGGUGGGCGGGACGGAGGGCCGCCGGCAUGCGCCGCUCAUGUUCGAGGAGUCCGACACGGGCAGACGCUCCAACCGACCAGCGGUCACCGAAUGUCAGUUUGGCAAAGUUCUGCGCGAAUUAGGCUCGACCUGGUAUGCGGAUUUGGGUCCACCCUUCGGCGUUAUGUACUGCAUCAAGUGUGAAUGCGUGGCGAUACCCAAGAAGCGACGCAUCGUUGCACGCGUCCAGUGUCGCAAUAUUAAGAACGAGUGUCCGCCGGCCAAAUGCGAUGAUCCCAUCUCGCUGCCCGGAAAAUGCUGCAAGACCUGUCCCGGCGAUCGGAACGAUACGGAUGUGGCCUUGGAUGUGCCAGUGCCCAGCGAAGAGGAAGAGCGCAACAUGAAACAUUACGCUGCGCUGCUGACGGGCCGCACUUCCUAUUUCCUCAAGGGCGAGGAGAUGAAGUCCAUGUACACCACCUACAAUCCACAGAACGUGGUGGCCACCGCCCGCUUUCUGUUCCACAAGAAGAACCUCUACUACUCGUUCUACACGUCGGCGCGCAUUGGUCGUCCGCGGGCCAUUCAGUUUGUGGACGAUGCCGGUGUCAUACUGGAGGAGCACCAGCUGGAGACCACCUUGACGGGCACGCUGAGUGUCUACCAGAAUGCCACCGGCAAGAUCUGCGGCGUGUGGCGUCGUGUGCCGCGUGACUACAAGCGCAUCCUGCGCGACGACCGUCUGCAUGUGGUCCUGCUGUGGGGCAACAAACAGCAGGCCGAACUGGCCCUGGCCGGCAAGGUGGCCAAGUACACGGCCCUGCAGACGGAGCUCUUCAGUUCGCUGCUGGAGGCGCCUCAGACGCAGUCGCCGGCAGAUGGCAAGACGGACAACCAGUUGGCCGGAGCCGGCGGCACGGCCAUUGUGUCCACCAGCAGUGGAGCGGCCUCGUCCAUGCACCUAACCCUGGUCUUCAAUGGCGUCUUCGGGGCCGAGGAGUAUGCCGAUGCCGCCCUGAGUGUGAGGAUCGAGCUGCCCGAACGCAAGGAGGUGAUCUUCGAUGAGAUACCGCGUGUGCGCAAGCCCUCCGCCGAGAUCAAUGUGCUGGAGCUGUCGUCGCCCAUCUCCAUACAGAACCUGCGACUGAUGUCGCGCGGCAAACUGCUGCUGACGGUGGAGUCCAAGAAGUAUCCGCAUCUGCGCAUCCAGGGACACAUUGUGACGCGGGCCAGCUGCGAGAUCUUCCAGACCCUGCUGGCGCCGCACAGUUCGGAGUCGGCCACCAAGAGCAGCGGCCUGGCCUGGGUGUACCUCAACACCGAUGGCUCGCUGGCCUACAACAUCGAGACGGAGCACGUGAACACCCGCGACCGACCGAACAUCAGCCUGAUCGAGGAGCAGGGCAAGCGCAAGGCCAAGCUGGAGGACCUCACGCCCAGCUUCAACUUCAACCAGGCCAUCGGCAGUGUGGAGAAGCUGGGGCCCAAGGUCCUGGAGUCCCUGUACGCCGGCGAGCUGGGCGUCAAUGUGGCCACCGAGCACGAGAGCAGCCUGAUCCGGGGUCGUCUGGUGCCGCGACCUGUGGCCGAUGCCCGCGACUCGGCGGAACCCAUCCUACUGAAGCGACAGGAGCACGCCGAGCCCCAUGCCGUGGGCAUGGCCUGGAUGUCCAUCGACAACGAGUGCAACCUGCACUACGAGGUGACCCUCAACGGAGUGCCUGCCCAGGAUCUGCAGUUGUAUCUGGAGGAGAAGCCCAUCGAGGCAAUUGGAGCGCCGGUGACGCGGAAACUGCUGGAGGAGUUCAACGGCUCGUAUUUGGAGGGUUUCUUCCUCAGCAUGCCCUCGGCGGAGCUGAUCAAGCUGGAGAUGAGUGUGUGCUAUCUGGAGGUGCACUCCAAGCACUCCCAUCAGCUGCUCCUGCGCGGCAAGCUGAAGAGCACCAAGGUGCCGGGCCACUGUUUCCCCGUCUACACGGACAACAAUGUGCCCGUGCCGGGUGACCACAAUGACAAUCAUUUGGCCAAUGGCGAGACCAAGUGCUUCCACUCUGGCCGCUUCUACAACGAGUCGGAGCAGUGGCGCAGUGCCCAGGAUGCCUGCCAGAUGUGUGCCUGCCUCAGGGGUCAGUCCAGUUGCGAGGUGAUCAAGUGUCCCGCCCUGAAGUGCAAGGCCACCGAGCAGCUGCUGCAGCGCGAUGGCGAGUGCUGUCCCAGUUGUGUGCCCAAGAAGGAGGCCGCCAACGAGUGGUCCACCUCGGCGGCCACCAAUGCCUCGGAUUUGCUGCAGCAGCGACGUGGCUGCCGCCUGGGCGAGCAGUUCCAUCCGGCCGGAGCCAGCUGGCAUCCUUUCCUGCCGCCCAAUGGCUUUGACACCUGCACCACCUGCAGCUGUGACCCACUGACCCUGGAGAUCCGGUGCCCCCGGCUCGUCUGCCCGCCGCUACAGUGCAGCGAGAAGCUGGCCUACCGGCCGGACAAGAAGGCCUGCUGCAAGGUGUGUCCCGAGGGCAAGCAGAGCAGCUCCGGUGCACACAAGGCCACGCCCAACAAUCCCAACGUGCUGCAGGACCAGGCCAUGCAGCGAUCGCCCAGCCACAGUGCCGAGGAGGUGCUCGCCAACGGCGGCUGCAAGGUGGUCAACAAGGUCUACGAGAACGGCCAGGAGUGGCACCCCAUCCUCAUGUCCCACGGCGAGCAGAAGUGCAUCAAGUGCCGCUGCAAGGACUCCAAGGUGAACUGUGACCGCAAGCGCUGCUCGCGCUCCACUUGCCAGCAGCAGGCGCGAGUGACCAGCAAGCGGCGGCUCUUCGAGAAGCCGGACGCAGUGGCUCCGGCCAUCGACGAGUGCUGCUCCACUCAGUGCCGCCGUUCGAGGCGCCACCACAAGCGGCAGCCGCACCAUCAGCAGCGCUCCUCCAGCUGAGCAAUCAAUCCACAGGAUUCAGAUGGUGAUCCAGAUACAGAUCCAGAUCCACGGGGGAAACCACUCACUCACUCAGUGCGAUGUGCACCACCCAAUCACACACUCACACUCACACCACCACCACUCUCCACCCACACACUCACACACAUCACCCACACAAUCGAGCAAACAUACACACACUUGUGCAAGGACUUGCAUAGAUCGUUGUUGUUGUUAUGUGGCAGCAAUGGAAAACUUGUAUUAUAUAUAUGAAAACAAAGGGAGAAACAACGAGAAUUCUCAUGAGAAAAAAAAAAACAAAAAUACAAAAAAAUAUAAAUGGAGAAGUAAGAGAGAAAGAGAGGGAUAGAGAGAUAUUGAGAUCCUUGAAAAAGGACAUCUACGAACCAGUGCAGUUUGCUUUAAAUUCUCCAGCGCAGAAUUUUCUAUAGAAAGCAUUUUCUGAAUUUCUUUUCACAAAAAAUCACCCACCCCACAUUAACACCACCCCCAACCCUACCACCCUACCACCUAACACCCAAAAAAAACAUUAAAAUUAAAUUUUAAUUUAUUAAAAAAUAUCAUACAAAUCACACACACAAAAAAAAAACAACCAAAAACAAAAAGAAUUCGAAAUUGAAACUGUACUGAGUUUUGAAAACGCACACAUUUGACUUAUUGAAAUACUUAAACCUUUUCAAUUCAUUUAAAUUCAAAUUUAAACUGAAGUUUGAAAGCAAAGCAAUCGAUAACGCAGCAGCUAUCGUGGGAAUAUUAACUUAAACUAAUUAUUCUGAUUAUACAUAUAUAUACAAUAUUUUUUAUAUAUACACAUAUAUAUAUAUAUACAGAUACAAAUAUAUCUAUAUAAUUUAUGAGAAACAAAACACAGUGGGAAACGCAUUUGGCGCAUUAUGUGGUUAUCGACAUUUGUAUCGAUAUAUAUAUUUUAGCAACCCAAAAGUUUCAACUGAUUGACUGAAUGGCAAAAAUAAAAUUAGCUUUAAAUACGUUUUUUUCGCAAGCAUGAAAGUGAAGGAAAUUGAAAACGCAGCUUUUCAAUGUGAAAUUAUUUUGUACUAAUUGUUACUCACAACAACACACACACACAAGCACACAUACAUUUAGAAAUCGAAAUGCACACAUACACAUUGAAAUGUUUUUAUUUCUUUUAAGGAGUAUAUUUUUAAAUUAUAAUACAUUUUAUGGAAAAUUUUCAAUAAUUAUGUACAAAAUUUGUUAAAAAAAAAAAAGAAAACUAUUUCAAAAAAUGCCAUGUACACAUAUUUAUACACAAAACACACACAUACACACAUAAAAAGAACAAAACGAAAAAAGAAACAAAAAGAUAAGGAAAUUUACCGCAUACACAGACAGAAAUUGUAUUAAUUUUUUAUUCUAUUAAAUUAUUCUUAUUAUUAUUAUUAUUAUUA